AGUACUCCUCGAACCGUUAGAGAGACAGGUGAUAAUAAGACCCGCGAAGCCUCGGAAAAUGGAUUUGGUGUUGAAGUGGAUAAAAAGCCCAAGAGGUCUCGUUUUAGUUUCGUUCUUCACAUUGGUUGUAAUUGUACUGUUAAAUGUAGACAGAAGAGUCAUAAGAAAGAUCAAGAAUCAGUACAUAUACAAUGAUACCGAAUAUUAUAACCAGGCGGUAUAUGAAGAUGAGGAAUAUGAGGAUUCUGAAGAUGCGAAGCCAGAACAAGAGACCUCCGUGGAAUGGUGGCAAAGGGAAUUAUGCAAGCCAGAUGUUCUGAAACUUCAGCCUUCCGAGACGCAUAUAAAAUUACCGAUGCUUGGCAGAGAUAUCGUUCCCAGCCAGAAUGACUACAACGUGUUCUUGGGAGAGACAGCGUGCAAUCCUCGACCACUGUACAGGGCAUGGUGCUCUGUUGAAAGCUACGCGUAUGAGAACCCCCAGGCAAGGGUCUGGUUCCACACAACGUCCCCGGUGAUCGACAAUGGAGACAGUCUCAUCACGCACCUCGAGGAGGUCUACGAUAACUUGAAAAUUGUAGGCACUGACCUCACCAAGAUUUUUAGUGGCACUCCAUGCGAGAAAAUCUUCAUGGAUGGGAAAUGGGCGCACAAUACGCCUUGGCCCGCGAACAACAUUUCUAACUUGUUGAGAAACGUGGUGCUGUGGCUGUGGGGAGGCUUAAACAGCGACACCGACUGUAUUUGCGUGAGGAACCUUACCCACGUACGGAACAUGCUUUCCUAUGACGAAGAGGGCAAAGUGGCCAACAACGCCAUCAUGCACUUCGACGCAGGGCACCCGUUCGCUUACGAGCUUAUGAAAUAUCUGAAGAAGAAUUUUAAGAUAGCUACGUGGGUGGUCAAUGGCCCCGGGGCAGCAACUGAAGUAACGAAGAAGUUGUGUGGAACCAAGGAUCUGAAUGAAGUCUAUCUCCACCACUGCGACAGCGUGACGUUGAGACCUCUGAGGGAAAUGCAGCUCUUCCGGUGGCCCGUGUGGAAGAACUACUUCAAGAGUGAUAAAGGAGACCACUUCGCAGAGAAACACAAAGAUGCCUACAUCGUGCAUCUGUAUAACAAACUUAGUAAGAAAACGCCAAUCACAAUAGGAAACAAAGGCAUCUAUGAUGCGAUUGCCAAAGAGCACUGUCCUAUCACUUAUGAUGCUGCCAAACGAAGGGCCUACUUUUUCUAAGGCACUUACUGUUAUUUCUUUCAGAGUAUCAUGGGGGUAGUUUUAUAUAAAUAAUUUAUAUGUAAUCUUAGCCCAGAGGUCAUUUUUUUUUGUCAUAUUUUUUGCUAAAAAAAAAUUGCCAGUAGCCAGACAGUAAGUGAUUUUCCCCUGUAAACAGAUUUCAAAGUUAUAUGAUUUGCAGCUAACCAAUAAUAUUUUUGCAACAAUAUCAUAUUAUCGCAUUCUAUUGUUACUGUUUAUUGUUAAUUAAUAAGACACCGGGUCCCACGUCGUUAACAUUAGUACAGCUCAAUGUAAAUAUUGUAUUUGUUAGUUCCAAAAAUAACAAUUAUUUGCAUUUCUCUGACAUUCUUACGCAUAAGCCUAUGAGUCCAUAUACAUUUUUCUUGAUAAAAACAAGAAAAGAAAAAAAAAAAGCAAGCACCAAAAUGACUUAUGGUAGUCAGAUACACACUGUUAGUAGAAUUUCUCUUAUUCCAACUCCUUAUUUGUAUUGUAGGAUAACUGUUCAUGUUUUUCACUAGUUAAAUACUUUCCUUUGUUAAAGCACGUUCGAGAUGUAAGCUAAUUUCUUUUCUUAAUAAACUUGUUUUGUUUGA